UUGUCAAAAUGACGUUCUCGGGUUCUAGAAUUAGAUUAGAUUCAACGAAAACGUACUUCUGAAAUACUUGCUGUGAUUUUGAGACCACCUUGAUUUUGUUAAUUAGAAGCAAUCCUAAAAUAUGGCGGACAAGGCAGUGUCGACGAUCGCCAAACCUAAUAUGCGAGGGCUGCUCAAUGCUGUGAUCAAGCGUAACCUCAUCAUUUCGCUGACACUGGCUGGCUUUGCUGGCUUCCUCACCAAGCAGCUGGUUGGCAACCAACGCAAGAAGCGAUAUGCUGAGUUCUACAGGACAUACGACGGCGAAAAGGAGUUCGAAGAGAUGCGCAAGAAGGGGCUAUUCCAAUCCUGCUAAUUUAAUCUUGGCUGUUAGGUAGUUGUAUUAUUUGCUGUAAUUAUGUAUCUAUAAUAAUUUAAAAUAAAAAAAUGCUACAAAACUAAA